AUGGCGGAGCUGCCUGGGUGCGGAGGAGCACGCAGCCCGGAGGUCAGAGUGCCAGCUGGUGCUGGCGAUUGCGUCCUGCGAGAAAACGGGACGUACCAACUAGCUGUUACCGAGACUUGUGUUAAAUCCUCACAGCCCAACGCUGGCAGGAGGAAGAUGCUGGGGUUUGCAGUGAACACUCCUAUUUCCGGGAGUCAUUUUUCUCUUGACCUCACGAAACCCAUUGAAGAUCAAGGCCCUUUGGAUGUGAUCAUACAUAAACUGACAGAUGUCAUCCUUGAAGCAGACCAGAAUGACAGCCAGUCACUGGAAUUGGUUCACAGGUUCCAGGAGUAUAUUGAUGCUCACCCAGAAACCAUUAUCCUGGACCCCCUCCCGGCUAUUCGUACGCUUCUGGACCGAUCCAAGUCUUAUGAGCUAAUUCGGCAAAUAGAGGCAUACAUGCAAGAUGAAAGGAUCUGUUCACCACCCUUUAUGGAGCUGACAAGUGCCUGUGGAGAAGAUACCUUGCAGCUUAUAGAGAAGAAUGGACUGGCAUUCCCAUUCAUUUGUAAAACCAGAGUGGCCCAUGGAACCAACUCUCAUGAGAUGGCGAUCAUCUUCAACCAGGAGGGCCUGAAAGCUAUCCGCCCCCCUUGCGUUAUUCAGAGCUUCAUCAACCACAAUGCUGUGCUGUAUAAAGUCUUCGUGGUCGGGGAAUCCUACACGGUGGUGAAAAGACCAUCUUUAAAGAACUUCUCUGCGGGAAUCUCAGACAGAGAAUCAAUAUUUUUCAACAGCCACAAUGUUUCAAAGCCAGAAUCCUCGUCUGUCUUAACAGCACUGGAUAAAAUCGAAGGAGUAUAUGAGCGGCCAAAUGACGACGUCAUCCGGGAAAUCUCCAAGGCGCUGCGGCAAGCUCUGGGAGUUUCCCUCUUUGGAAUUGAUAUCAUCAUUAACAAUCAGACUGGUCAGCAUGCGGUCAUUGAUAUAAAUGCAUUCCCAGGUUAUGAGGGUGUUUCCGAAUUUUUCACAGAUCUCCUGAACCACAUAGCUGCUGUCCUGCAGGGUCAGGCACCUGAGGUGACCCAGCUAAACCGCAGCAAGCUCCUGGCAGAGCAGACCAGCGGGAUCAUGGACGAGCGGAUAUGCUGUGCCAGCACAGGCUGUCUCAGCGUCAUGGGAAAAGACUCCUCCUGGCUUGUGGAAAGCGAGACCAACAGCUCAGUAAAACUGCAACACCAGAGACUAGGCUGCAACUCGGCAGUGUCCCCCAGCUUCCAGCAGCACUGCGUUGCUACGUUGGCAACAAAAGCUUCUUCUCAAUAACUUGCCAACGCCGUGGACUGAGAAAAAGCCACAGGGAUACAAUUUGUGGUCCCAGAACCAGAUCAGGCUGUAAAAAUACAUUUGCAAAAAAAGGAAAAAAAAAAAAACAACACAAAACACAACACAAAAAAGCAAAAGAAAAAACCUUUCCAUUUGAUUAUACGUGAUUUACUGAUGAAAUGGACUGGAAGGUGGAGGGCAAGAAAGUGAUGCAGAUCCAUUUCAUCAGAUUCCAGUUGCAAAUCUGUAGUGAGUUUACACACACGUGGGUUUUAACACUAGUCCUUUCGUUGUGGGAGGGUUGCUCUUUCAUUUCUGUUGUUCUUUGUAAUCACUGGUGACCAACAUUUUAAAAUCGGACCUCAUGGUAUCAGGAAGAUGAUAAUGUUGGAAUGCAGUGUCUGAAUGUAACAGUGCU